UGGAGUCGCUCCAUCCACGUCACUGCCUACGUAUUUGAGUCGCUGUAAAUGAUUUAAUGGUGGGAGCACCGCCAUCAUUCCUGCUUUGGCGGACGGCUUUAAAUCCAAUAUGAUAUGAUAUUGGGUUGUCAAAUGGCGAAAAAAAAUCAAACUAAUUAUUAUAAUUAAAUUGAAAACUCAGCUUCAGUUUCGUCGGAAGGCACAUGGAUGCUUGGAGGACACUCUAGCCAAGUACCUGUUUAUUUUAGAGACUUGAAAUUGAACUGCUAAAUUCCAGCGACAAAUAGAGAAAAUAAAUUAUCAAUUGCAUGAGCAUAGGGUUCAGGAGGUGGUUGAAUUCAUCGAAUUCAUUGGUGAAAAUGGCAGAAGAACUCAAUUCAUCUACAACCACAACUGCCACAGCAAAACGAUGGUCUUUUUGGCCCUCCCUUCUUCGUUGGAUACCUACAUCUACUGAUCACAUCAUCGCUGCCGAAAACCGCCUUCUUUCUCUAGUUAGGACUCCUUAUACUCAAGAGCAGGUCAAUAUUGGGUCUGGUCCACCAGGUUCAAAAGUUAGAUGGUUUCGAUCGGUGAGCAAUGAACCAAGAUUUAUCAAUACCGUUACUUUUGAUAGCAAAGAGGGUUCUCCUACUCUUGUUAUGGUCCACGGAUAUGGUGCCUCUCAGGGUUUCUUCUUUCGGAAUUUUGAUGCCCUUGCGAGGCAUUUCAAAGUUAUUGCUAUUGAUCAGCUUGGCUGGGGUGGUUCAAGCAGGCCUGACUUCACAUGCAGAAGUACUGAAGAGACUGAAGAUUGGUUUAUUGAUUCCUUUGAGGAGUGGCGCAAAGCCAAAAACCUUAGCAACUUUAUUUUGCUUGGGCACUCUUUUGGAGGGUAUGUCGCUGCAAAAUAUGCUCUCAAGCAUCCAGAGCAUGUUCAGCAGUUGAUUCUGGUAGGACCAGCUGGAUUUACAUCAGAGACUGAACAUAUGUCCGAGCGGCUUACCCAGUUUAGAGCAACAUGGAAGGGAGCCGUCUUGAAUCAUCUGUGGGAGUCUAACUUUACCCCGAUGAAACUUGUCAGAGGCUUAGGCCCAUGGGGUCCAGACCUAGUUCGCAAAUACACUAAUGCUAGAUUUACUGCAUAUUCUAAUGGAGAUAGUUUGACCGAGGAGGAGUCCAGGCUACUCUCAGAUUAUGUAUAUCAUACCUUGGCUGCAAAACCGAGUGGGGAGCUAUGUUUAAAAUAUAUAU